AGACUAUCUAUAAUAAGCCGAUAACAAAGAUUCCACAUGACUUCCUUUAUUCUAUAAUGCCCCACCCCACUUAAACGGCAACGUCAUGCAGCUAAUCUUUAACGUCGUAAUGAUGAUGUCAUCAUCGAUCUCUAACGUCCAUUUCUUAAUCUUGAGGUCGACGAUAUUCGACCGUUUAAAGUCCACACCGACGGCCUAUAAAGAAGAGUAUCAUAUUAGUUCUACCAAAAAAGAAAAUUAGCUUAUUAAAACUUUCACGUCUAAAAGUGUCGUUUCUUGUGGUAAACAUGAGCUCGGAGAAGAAACAAGAACGCCUCGGAGAAGAUAACGGUGAUGGAAACAAAGGGUUAUCGUCAACGGAAGUUGUACGUACGGUAACGGAGGAAGAAGUGGAUGAGUUUUUCAAGAUACUACGUAGAGUACACGUGGCAACACGGACGGCUGCGAAAGUUAACGUCGGUGUCGAUGAACGAGAGUUACCGUCUAAGAAAAGGAAACGGAGUCAGAGUCUUGGUUUGGUAAACUCAUUGCAUGGUAACGGUGUUAGAGAUGGAGAACUCGAUGGAAUAACUCGGGUCGGGUUAAGGAAUUCGGGUUUGGAUCUGAACUGUAAACCGGAACCUGAAACCGUUAGUUUGUAAUCCUUCUCCAGAGUUUUACAUCUUUCUUCCUAUAAUUAUUUUUCAAUAUUACCUAAAUAGUUCUUAACA